AUGCUGAGGGCGGCUUCCUUUACGACCUGGCGCGGUCCGCCCCCUGAAGUGGGGAAAGACGCACCAGGAGGCACCGGUACCGACAGGAAGGUGGGGGCCGGGUGCGUAGAACAGGAACCAAUCAGGAGACAGUCCGGUGAAGGUCACUGGGAUGCACACCAGGAUAAUCUUGGAAAUCCAGAAAACCGGAAACAGGAAGUAGCAGAAGAUAGUCCAGAAAACAAGCCGUGGUCAGGGGAGUUCAGAGAGCAGGAUAAUCCAGAGUUCAAAGCCAAGGGUCAAGGGCAGAUUGGGGGCUGUCGGGGGCCCCGGGCUGAGGAGCGGGAGGAAUGCAGCUCGCUUGGCCGGAGUGGCGGUGACCGGAGCGGUGUGUGGAGGACUGUGGCUGCUAAAGGGAAGAGGAGAGCCGACAGCCGGACUAAUGACCGUCUGUGCACAGAAAGAGAAGUUGCAGAUGAAAAGCAAGAAAAGCAGUCGCUCCGAAAGUUACGUUUCUUGCAGUUUGCUUCACUGGAGUACGAUGGAGAGUUUUACAUGACACCACGGGACUUUCUUUUUUCUGUCAUGUUUGAGAGCGUUCAACGCAGGACGGGCAGUAGAAUCUUGACGAAAAAGGAAUUUGAUGCCUUGCUUACCCAGGCAGCUAAAGCGAAACCAGGUCCAGCAUUUUUCAGAGACUUGGGUGAUAAAGGCCUCAUCUCCUACACAGAGUAUUUAUUCCUGCUGACAAUCCUUACAAAACCAAAGGCCGGGUUCGAUAUUGCAUUCCAAAUGCUGGAUACUGAUGGCAAUGAACAGGUGGAAAAGAGGGAGUUUUUCAAGUUACAGAAAAUUAUGGGCACAAAAGAUGAAUUCAUGACCGCUUCUACACAGGAGACCUUGUCAGAUGAUGAUGAUAUCAAUACUACAUUACUAGUUCAUUUCUUUGGACGAGGAGGACGGGACAAAAUGCAAUAUUCAAAUUUCUACAGAUUUAUGGAGAAUUUACAGACAGAAGUUCAAGAAAUGGAGUUUGCCCAGUUCUCAAAGGGAUUGAACUUCAUGAGAAAGGAGGAUUUUGCAGAGUGGCUGCUUUUCUUCACUGACGAGGAGAACAAUGACAUCUACUGGCAGAAUGUGAAAUCCAGGAUUCCUCCAGGCGAAAACAUCAGCUUGGAGGAAUUUAAGAGCUUUUAUCAUUUUAUGAACAACUUGGAGGAUUUCUCCAUCACGGUGAAGAUGUUUAGUGUGGCCAACCGGGCGGUGAAAUUAGCUGAAUUCAAGAGAGCUGUUAAAGUGGCAACAGGCCAGGAACUAUCAGAAAAUGUGCUAGACACCGUUUUUAAGAUCUUUGACCUGGAUGGGGACAACUGCUUGAGCCACGGAGAAUUCCUGGGUGUUCUGAAGAACAGGCUCCACAGAGGCUUAAAGCAUGCCCCCCAACAACAAGGCUUUCAGGGUUACUUGAAAUGUGUCAAGCGAGAGAGCAUUAAAGGAGCUAAUGAAGCCUGGAAACAAACUGGAAAAAGCCCUUUUUAAAGCAUUUGUGUUUCUGUGUCCUGAUGAAAUGAUUUCUUUUUUGUUUGGUUUAUUUACUUGUAUACAGCAAUGUGCCAUGUAUUUAAACUGUGCCUUCUUCAUUCAUUGUUCCAGUGGGGUAUCCUUAUUUGUGUUCUCGGUGACUGUCUCUUAUUUGCUUCCUAUGUACCUGUACUCCACUCGCUACGAAGUUGAACAAACUUCUCCACAGAUGCACAUGAAGAACCUCCAGGGAGAAAUCCAGGUGCUGUACACAACCUGGCUCCUAAUGUAUAUGUACACUAACCCACAAAGUACACAUGUACCUGAGGGGAAUUGAGCUCUCUUAGGCCUGCAGAGAAUGGAAUACUGAAGUCAUAAGCGCUCCUAUGUUGAUAUAUUUAUCUGUACUAAGCUAAAUUACCGUAUAGGCUAAAUGCCACUGCAUCAAUGUUUUGACCAAAGACUGGCAUAGUAUUUUUUAGCACGUUCUAUUCCAUACCAAAUUGGCUGGACAUCAAUAUAUACAGUCAUACAUAUAUAGUCUGCAAUAAAAAGCAAUGAUAUGCUAUUACAAAUCAACCAAUCCAAAUCAAUAUAGCUGUUGCAAAUCGCAAACCUUAGCAAUUUUCCAUUGACCCCCAUGGCACUUCAGAUUCCUUACACUUGUUACCCUCUCUGAUUCAAAGCCCAGCAGUCUAUUUCUGAAGACACUGUGUUUCAGGCACUGCAGUCUCCUGCCAUCGCCUCAGGUUUACAGGGGUUGUGUCAGGGGACUUUCAGGACACUUCAUCUCAUCUAGUUCAGAUUCGGGUGUUGAUUAUUCCGUUCCAAGAAAUUGUCAGUGAGUGUUGCCCAUCUCUCAGUUGGACUGCUUUUGGAUGUCUCGGUUGUAUCUGAAUUCUAGUAUCCCACAAUAGACAAUAAAGAAAAGAUUUACAGUAAAAAAAAAAAAA